AUGUCCAAGCUAAAGAAGGUACUCCUUAUUGAAUAAAUGUUAAGAGCUGUUCUUUAGUUAAAGAAUCACCUAAUCUCCAAUUAAAUUGGAGUGACGCAACAUUGUAUUUAAGUAAAGUACUAAAUCCAACUUAAAACCAAUUCCAUUCAACUGAUUCCCCUAAAUACUUUGCAUUUUCUUUAAUGAUUAAAUGUAAAGUAAUAUUCUUUGCUUAAAUUGGGGCCUAUUCUAUGUUUUUUCCAUGUAAAAUUUGAUCUGCAACUGAUAAUAGAACACUUGUGCAUUCAGUGACGUCACUUGAUAUAUGAGAUAUUUCAUCAAAAUAUGCCCAAGCAGAUAAAUAUUCAAAUGAGAUUUAACUUAAGCCGAACUCUUCCACAAUUCCAUCUAUUUCUAAUGAAUAUUCAG